AUGAGAGCCUUUUCAUUCCUUUUUUUUUCUUCUCUGCUUCACACGAUUGCUUCGGCAUCGCCAUUCAAUCAAUCCAUUCCUUACGAUCGGACCGUCGUUCAAAAAUGGUCCACAUCUGCUUCCAUCCCCGCUUCACAUGCAGACGAGGCACUAAACGUCCACACACGUCGUGAUGGAGGAUAUUGGUAUGAGUCUGCAAGCCAUGGUAUCUCGGCCUUUGGAGAUUCGGGUUACCAAGUCUUCCGUAACGUCAAGGAUUACGGCGCUGUUGGAGACGGUGUCACAGACGACACUGAGGCCAUUAAUCGGGCCAUCACUGACGGAAACCGCUGCGGCGAGGCGUGUGGCUCAUCCAGCAUCACCCCUGCUGUGGUGUACUUCCCCUCUGGCACGUAUCUUGUCUCAGCCCCUUUGAUCCAAUACUAUUAUACGCAAUUUGUUGGAAAUCCAAACGCCCUUCCGACCUUGAAGGCUGCUCCCACUUUUGCUGGUAUUGGUGUCAUCUCCGCCAACACUUACAUACCUGGUGCCAGUGGUGCCGAGUGGUAUGUCCCUCAGAGUAAUUUUUAUCGUCAAAUUCGCAACUUCAUCAUCGAUAUUUCGGGGUGCCCAAACGUGACCCCUGAUGGAUAUGCCCCGACUGGUAUUCACUGGCAGGUUGGCCAGGCCACCAGUAUUGAGAAUGUUGAGUUCGUCAUGAGCAGGGCAGAUGGAACCACUCAUGUUGGAAUCUUCAUGGAGAACGGAUCUGGCGGCUACCUCGGAGAUCUCACCUUCACAGGAGGUGCUAUUGGCAUGUGGUGCGGAAGUCAACAGUUCACCUCACGUAAUCUUAAGUUCCGAUACUGCGUUCAGGCUAUUGAGAUGAUCUGGGAUUGGGGUUGGACGUGGCAUGGACUGGACAUCCUUCUUUGCCAGAUUGGUAUCAAUGUUACAGCGUUGACCAGUGCAACCGCAGAGCACAACCAAGGUGUGGCUGCCAUUGCAGUGCUUGACUCUGUUUUCACCAACGUGCCAAUCGCGGUCUUGACAUCUGGCAGAACCAACAUCAUGUUGGAGAACGUGCAGUUGAAUAACGCCCCCAUCGCUAUCGGUUACUCGGGAGGUCCCACCGUCCUGCCGGGUGGCGAUGUUCUAAUCGACAACUACGGCAACGGAAAUAACUUCAUUCAAAACGGGGAAACCCUGACUAUGAACUUCCUCAACGGUGCCUACUCUCCCUCCGCAAAGAGCGCGGCACCGUCGUCUCUACGCUCCUCGGCGGGUUGGUUUGCCAGAUCAAAACCUCAAUAUCAAGCUGUUGGUAUUGGUGGAUUUAUCGAUAUCCGAGCAGCUGGAGCUGCUGGGAAUGGUCGAAGUGAUGAUACUGCUAUAAUCAACAGCAUUCUUGCGUCUGCCGGUGGCUCAGUCGUCUAUUUCCCACACGGUACCUACAUGGUUUCGGAUACAGUCUUGGUCCCGCCUGGAACAAAAAUUGUCGGUGAAGCGUGGAGUGAGAUCAUGGGAUUUGGUGACAAGUUCUCUGACAUCUCCAACCCGAGGGUUAUGAUUCGAGUGGGAAAGAGCGGGGAUGUGGGAGACGUAGAAAUCUCCGAUAUGCUUUUCACUGUUCAAGGAGCAACUGCGGGGGCCAUCUUGAUGGAGUGGAAUCUCGCACAGGCAUCUCAAGGCUCUGCUGGCAUGUGGGAUGCGCACUUCCGUGUCGGAGGCGGGCAAGGCAGUAACCUGCAAUAUGCAGAUUGUCCAUGGACUCAGGUUGAACCUGAUCCCAACUGUAUUGCGGCGACCACGCUGUUCCAUAUAACGUCCUCCGCAUCUUUGUACCUGGAGAAUGUCUGGGUCUGGACCGCGGAUCAUGACUUGGAUAUUCCAUCGCAGGAUCAAGUUUCCGUAUAUGCUGCGCGGUGUCUUCUGAUCGAGUCCCAGGGUCCUGUGUGGCUAUGGGGCACUGGGGCAGAGCAUUGUACGCUCUACCAAUACCGUUUCUACCAUGCGAAGAACAUUUUUGCCGCCACACUGCAGACGGAGACGCCAUACUAUCAGCCCACUCCCAAGGCUCCUGCUCCUUUCACUGGAGCAUUUGCCCUACCCGACGAUCCUACCUUCACUUACUGCAACCCAGACUCGUCGACCUGCGCUUACGCCUGGGGAUUGGAAGUUAUUGGGUCAUCCGAGGUCAUGAUCUACGGGGCUGGUUUCUACAGCUGGUUCCAGUGGUACUCACAGGCCUGUCUAAGCAUUGAGGCCUGCCAAGAGCGUGUCACUCGUGUCAUUGACAGUAACAAUGUCUUUAUCGCCAACCUAUAUACCAAGGGAGUCUUUUCUAUGAUCCAAGGCAGCAGCAGCUCUGAUGUCUUGGCUUUGGAGAAUAUGGAUGGCUUCCUCGGCACCAUCGUUGGCUGGACUGGACUCGACACUACUGGAACACUUGACGCUCCCUCAUCAGUUGUUCCCCUGCCCCCUUGGAUCUGGGACGUUCCCAGCCCGACAGUGUCGUGCCACAUUCCUUGCGUUCUUCAGCCUCCACCUACGCCCAUCAGGCCUAUUCGACCUCCGCCCUACACAACUACGAUCUCUGGCUCACCAGUGGUUGUCACGCCACCAGUGAUUGAGACACCCGGACUGCCCGUGCAGCCCAUCAGCGUUGUUGUAGGAGCAGGUCAAACAGUCACCCCCAUCGUUGUUCCCAAUCCAGUGGUUACUGUGCCCCUGAUCGUGCCUACCGGUGGGAACUGGCCGGGUGGUCCACCUCCGAUUUUGCCGCCUCCAAUUCCGAUUCCGAUCCCUCCUGCGAUGAUCCCUAACUGUAUGCAGUUCUGUUCUGCGGAUGAGUGGCCGCCUGUUCUACCCCCAAUCGUCGUUGUCCCCGGUGCGCCUCUCCCGGUUGGAGCACCACCGCCACCCGGUAGUACCUCAAGCCCCGAGGGAGACGACAGUGCAGGCGACGAGGAACAGAAUGAAGAUGACUGCGGAAUGCCUUUUGCAACCUCUUUGACAAACUACCCCAGCCCUGGUGAUGUACCUGAUUGGGGUCAAUCUACAGGUGAAACUGGCGGAAAAUGCAAUUGGGCGGGAACGAUCCAAAGCUAUUCGAAUACCUGGACUAUUGCUAUUCCGGCUGGAAAGACCACCGUUGACAUCAAUCUUUACAAUCUACUCGGAUUCGGAAGCUACGGCUAUGAUCUGGACGGAGCAACGGUGCAGGCAUCGUCGGUAUCGGUAACAGGAUGGAACGUUUUGAUGUCGCCGUCUAGCACCAAUCCCAAGUCAUCGACUACGUUUGUUGAUUUUGACAUCCCCAGCAAUCCGCUACCCACGAGCGUCGACAUGGUUGCCAGCGUGCAGCCAGGGACAUCAUCCAUCAAUCUUCACGUUGAAAUUCGGGCCAGCAAAGCCUGUGGUGGAAAUCCAAUCCCCGACCCAGCAGGCUCGGGUACCGGGUCAUCGCCCAUCCCACCUAUCUUCCCGCAUAGUCGAAAUCCAGACAUUACCUGUGGAUCUGAUAGCGUCGCUGGGGCCGCCAGAAUGGUUGAUUGCUUAUUCCCAUAUGGCGGCCAAAUCGUCCAAGGUCAGGUCCUCCAGCAGUGGUCAACGAUCACAACUCAAAAUCCAUCAACGACCUGCAUCCGCAGUGGAACAACCACAAACACCGAGGGCGUUGUCACGAACAACUGGUGUCUGGUCGCCCAGUACAAUAGCUGUGCAUUUGUCAUCUCGGACAAGUUACCUUCUUUCGGUGGCUUCCCCGGUUAUUCAGUCAUUUCGGGACAGGUUAUGCGCGACUUUACCAUUACAGCUGCAAACCAAUGCUCUGGUACUGGUAAGACCGCGAUUGCUGCUGGGCCAUUCCAACCGUUUGAAGUCGUGGCACAGUCCCUUUGUCUUACCUCACCUGAUCAUCCCGAGAUUUGUGGUGUGCCAUAA